GAAGAUGCUUUCUCGUUUAUCUGUUUGUAGGUCCAGUCGUACGUACGUACAGGUGGGCGAUUAUUGUCUCGAGUGCCAUAUUAACUCUUAAAUUUUCAUCUCACUUAAUUUAGGAGAUGUUCGCUUAUUUGCCGGUGCUUUCGGUUGUCGCAACCGCGUUUAUUAGCGUGUACUGUCAGUUCAACAAUGGCUUUAACAACUAUAACAGACAACAAAUACAAUUUCAACCGCAGGUUCAGAGUUCUGGAAACUGUCCACAACCAAACGGUACUUUCCCUACGGGAACUUGUGACGGCUACAUAGAGUGCAAAAAUGGAGUGGCCGAAGAGAAACUAUGCCCGGACGGUCUCCUUUUUAACGCCCAAGCAGGAGCACACGCGUUCCCUUGCCAAUAUCCCAUAGAUGUUGACUGUACCGGUAGAGAACAAACCCAACCAGCUCAAGCGACUGACGAAUGCCCCCAUCAGUUCGGUUACUUCCGGAUGGGAGACCAGAACAAUUGUGGACAAUUUAAAAAUUGCGUGGACGGUAGGGGGUUCGUGUUCGAUUGUCCAGAGGGUUUGGCCUGGAACGGGGCCACGUACAGGUGCGAUUGGCCCGAUCAGGUUCCGGAUUGUGACGCAGAAGCUUACUUGGGUUUCUCGUGUCCUCCAGACGCCCGACAAUACGGCUUAGGUGCCGAGGAGUACCGCUUUUUCCGUUCACCCAGCGACUGUCAAAGGUACUACAUUUGCAUCGAGGGUAAACCGAGACUGUACAACUGCGGCGAGGGACGAGCCUUCAACGAUCUGAUCAACACUUGCGACGGUGCCGAAAAUGUUACCGGAUGUGCGGUACCGCAGUACCAGAACGAGGUUAGAGGCGGCGCACCCACCAAACUCGCCAAAUUCUCCAACCAAAACGCUUAUAAUAGAUUUAAUCAGUUUUAAAGCCUUUUUUUAUGUAAAUAAUUUUUAUGUCACAAUAUAUAUAUAUAUAUA